CAACCCGAACUCUCUCACUACAGCUAUCAUCAAUCUCAGUAAUCUUCCCCUCCGUUUUCUCAGUUUCCAAACACUUAACUAAUCAUGGGUGUCUUCAAGUACGAGGCCGAGUACACCUCUGUUAUCGCCCCAGCUAGGUUGUUCAAGGCCUUCGUUCUUGAUGCUGAUAACCUCAUCCCCAAGAUUGCCCCAGAGGCAAUCAAGUCCGCUGAGAUCCUUGAAGGAGAUGGCGGUGUUGGAACCAUCAAGAAGAUCACCUUCGGAGAAGGUAGCUCCCACAGCUAUGUGAAGCACAGAAUUGAUGCCAUUGACAGCGAGAACUUCGUCUACAGCUACAGUGUGAUAGAGGGAGCUCCAGACGUAAUCGAGAAGAUCUGUUACGAGACUAAGUUGGUGGCGUCCGGCAGUGGUACCGUCAUCAAGAGCAGCAGUGAAUACCAUGUCAAGGGUGAUGUUGAGAUCAAGGAAGAGGAUGUCAAGGCCGGAAAAGAGAAGGCUUCUCACCUCUUCAAGGUCAUUGAGAAGUACCUCUUGGAGCACCAUGAUGCCUACAACUAAGUUUGGUUGAUGGUCUAAAACUACUGUAGUGGGUUUUAAGUCGCUCUCUUCCGACUUCAAAUAAUGGUGUGGUUGUCAUAUUACUCAUAUAUUUCCUGGUUUUAUUUUUGUCUUUGUCGGCUCAAUACUGUUUGGCUGAGCUUUUGAUUCAAGAGUGAGUGUUGUAUUUCUUUUCUCUUUGCAAUAAACGAAAUGAAAAUCAUGUUUACAUAUUACAAUUAAAA